AUGCCAGUCGGUCCAUUGCAUGACAAGACAUUUGUAUUUACUGGGGAUUUGUCCAUAGGAAGAGAUGAUGCCAAGACAAAGGUAAUUCUUUUAGGUGGUAGAUGCACAACUAUUCCUUCCUCACGUACAACAUUUCUGGUUGCUGGACAGAAUCCAGGGCCGCAAAAGAUUAAAAGAGCAAAUGAAUUAGGCAUAAACAUACUGGAUGAAAAUGGAUUCUUGAAGUUGAUUGAGGAGAAUUCAAAAGGAUUUGAUGAUAAUGUGGAUGUAAAGUGUAAUAGUAACACUCAUGAAAUAGGGUCGGCAAAUGCAAUCUGUAAGGAGUUGUGGUGCGAAAAGUAUAGGCCGAAGCAAAAACAAGAUCUUGUGGGGAAUACAAUCUUAAUGAAUGAGUUGGAAGAAUAUCUUAAAGCAGGAGUUUAUACUAAAGCAGUUCUAUUGAGUGGCCAACCAGGAAUUGGAAAAACAACGCUGGCACAUAUUAUUUGCAAAUCACUUGGAUUCGAUAUAAUUGAAUUCAAUGCGAGUGAUGUUAGAAACAAGUCGGAAAUUGCAAAUAAGAUAAGAAAUUUUGUUACGAGUCGUUCUAUUUUUGAUUUGAGUGACGGAGGUAAGGUGCUGAUAAUGGAUGAAAUUGAUGGAAUGUCAGGUGACAUGGGUGGCAUUUCUGAGUUGAUCAGCACUAUUAAAGAAACACGGAUUCCAAUAUUAUGCAUCUGCAAUGAUAGAUAUGAUAUGAAGAUAAGGAGUCUUGUAAGCCAUUGUAUUGACUUAAAGGCAAAGAAACCAGAUUCUAGGCAGAUAUUCAUCAAGUUGAAGUACAUUCUUGAUAAGGAGGCGAAAAAUGUACCUGAUGGAUUGCUUAAUGAAAUAGUUUUUAAGAGUGGAGGAGAUAUCAGAUAUGCAAUUAAUAUGUUGCAAAGUGUAACAAUGAAGCAUAAGCUUGGUUCUGAUCAGGCAGAUAUGUUUAUAAAGAAAACGGUUGCAAAAGGUGUCUUUGAUAUUGGAGUUGAAGUGUUUCAAAGAAAAACAAUUGAUGAGAAAAUAGAUCUUUAUUUUGAAGAUUAUUCAUUGAUUCCUCUUUUUGUACAUGAAAAUCUUUCAAAGACUGUAUUCAAGGGAAUAAAGCAGCUAAGAGAUUCUUUUGAUUCAAUUAGCAUAGGUGAUGUUGUUCAAAGUAAAAUUCAAGGUGCAAACCAAGACUGGAGUUUAGCACCUUUACAUGCAGUAUAUAGUGUUGUUAUUCCCACGCAUAACAUGCAAUUAUCAAAAAGAUUGAACUUUCCAUCAUGGCUUGGGCAGAAUUCAAAGCAUUUGAGAAUAGAAAGACUUCUGAACACAUUUUCUGUGCAUUCUUCAUGCAAAAUAUUUACAUCUUCUGGAGAAUUGAGAAAAUAUGCAUUAGAACUGAUUUUAAAGAAGUAUGUGUACAAUUUAAAGAAUGGCAAUUUUAGGAAAGCAAUUGAUGACAUGAUUAUUUAUGAUUUGACUAAAGAUGAUAUGAAUAAUCUAAGUGAUAUUGUUAUUGGAGGAGAUGCUAUAUUUAAAGAAAUUGGAAGAAAAGAAAAAAUACUACUGGACAAGGAAUAUAAAAAGCUUUAUAGAAAACUUCCAUAUGCUCAUGAAGAAACAUUUGAUCUUGAUGAAAGCAUGGAUUCAGAUUAA